AUGAGUAAUUGUAAACCAUCUAAUACACCAUGUGAAGUGGGAUUAAAGUUAAGUACUAACUCUACUCAAAAGGUGGAUGGAAAAUUGUAUACACAACUUGGUGGAAGUCUCUUGUAUCUUACCAUAACUAGGCCAGUUAUUGCAUAUGCAGUUGGGAUUGUAUCUAGGUACAUGGAAGAUCCACACAUUGAGCAUUGGAAAGCAGCUAAGAGAAUAUUAAAAUACAUUAAAGGUACUUAUAAUAUUGGCAUUGAAUACAAUUAUGGAGGAGAACCCACUUUGGUUGGAUAUACAGAUUAUGACUAUGCAAGUGAUAUUGAUGAUAGAAAUUCAACCUCAAACUACAUCCUUCAUCUUGGAUCGGGACCAAUUUCUUGGGGUAACAAGAAACAAUAUGCAGUAUCACUAUCAUCUAUAGAGGCAGAAUAUGUUGUCUCAUCAAAAGCAUCUCAAGAAGCUUUAUGGCUUAGGAGAGUACUUGAAGAAACACAUCAUCGGCAAGAUUUUCCAGCUAUUAUUUUUUAUGAUAAUCAAAGUACUAUCAAAUUCGCUAAAAAUAUAGUAUAUCAUGCUAUCUCUAAGAAUGUUGAAGUUCAUCAUCAUUUUGUUCAUGAUUUGAUUGAAAAUGAAGUGAUGGGGCUACAAUUUUGUGGAAGUGAAGAUCAAAUUGCUGAUAUAUUUACAAAAGAAUUGCCUAAUGUAAAGUUUGUCAAAAUCAUAAGCUUGUUACAUCUCAAGGAAGUUGUUAUCUAA